UUUCUCUCUCUAUGUAUGCUGCUUUUUAUAUAUAUAGCUGUUUUUCUCUCUCACAUUGUACUCCUCUCUCUCUUUAACCUUCCAAAAGUCAGCGUCUUGUUUUGUCUCUCUCUCUCAAGCUCUCUUUCCUUUAGCAGUAGUUGCAGAGACAAAGGCAGGGUAUAGUCUCAGAGCUUGUCUCUAAAGAAGCUAUGGAGGAAGACGACUGGGGUUUACACGCCGUGGUCAGGAGCUACGUCUCCGCCACUAACACCACCACCACCACCACCACAUCAACUGCUUUUCCGGCGGAUUUUUCCAAUCGGACUUGCUUUUCUACUGAUGGUGGUGAACAAAGUGGGAAGCUUUUUUCUGUUUCAGAUCCUUUUGAAGCGAGGACUGCUUUCGGUGAUUUGCAUGAUCUCUACAAACCCUUUUUCCCUAAAUCUCAUCAGCCUCUCCUUCCUUCACCAGUACACACGAAACCCAUCUCUUCAAUUUCUUCUUCCUUCAGCGUCUCUGUAGAUCCAAAUCCAACACAGUCAAAUCAAGUACUGAAGCAGCAGCAGCCAAGGCAAUUCCAUAGUGGCCCCGUGAAUAGAACUAAUACCACCACCACUCAUUCUGCCACUGCAAUUUCCAAUACUUCUCGAUCCAAAAAAAGGAAAAAUCAAUCGAAGGAGGUGCGCAGAGUACCCGCAGACGCUCUGUAUUCAGAUAUCUGGGCAUGGCGUAAAUAUGGCCAAAAACCCAUCAAAGGCUCACCAUAUCCAAGGGGUUAUUACAGAUGCAGUAGUUCCAAGGGUUGUAUGGCCCGAAAACAAGUGGAGCGGGACCAAUCCGAUCCCGGAAUGUUCAAAGUCACUUACACCGCCGAGCACAACCACCCUGCCCCUACCCACCGGAAUUCACUCGCCGGUAGCACUCGCCAGAAGCCUAUGACUAACAACGAAACAACGACGGCCAUAACUGACAAAGCUUCCACGCCCAAACCCGCUUGUUCAUCCUCUCCAGUGCUCUCCAUGGCACAAAGUCAAAACAGCGAAAGCCGAGAAGAAAAAGAUUUGAUGGUAGACGAACAAGACGGUGAAGAGGAAGAGUUUGGAGUCUCGGAUUCGUCUUUGAAUGAUGAUUUCUUCGCGGGUUUGGAGGAAUUCUCCGCCGGCGUAACUUCCGGGGACUGCUUCCCUGAUCCAUUCCCCUCGGCCAGUUUUGGCCACGAAUGGCUUUCCAACAACGCGGCGGCUGCGGCCGGCAGUAUUUGACUUGUUGAAAUGUCAACACUAAACCCCCCAAUUAGUGAGUCUUGUAGAGGAAGAGGGGGGAUAAAUUUAGUUCUGUUUUAGCUUAAUACUAAAUUUGUUCACUAAAAUGCUUCAUUCCUCAUUUGUAAGUCUAUACUAGUUUUCUAAUCCAGUCCAAAUUUGCUGCUCAUAUUAAUUGAUAAAACUCUACUUUUGGGAAGUGAAAGAUUUGGUAGAGUUUA